GUCCCUUUGAUGACCAGUCAUUUCGAAAGACACAAUGAGAGAAUCAAACGAAGGGUCUGGUCUCAGUGAAAUUACUUGCAGAUUCAGGUAACUUCAUUGUCCUUUACCCACCCCAGAGCUUUAUCUUGCCGAGUGAACACCAUGACAUCCACAGUUUGAUGAUGGAAGUACAACGCCAGCCACAUGAUCCUGGCUCUGUAACUGAAACAGAUGUAGUCAUGGGCCUUCCUGUACAGAGGUGAUCUCAGGAAACACUUCCUGAUUGACACAGGUGGAGACACUGUCUGUCCAUGAGACAAAUUAAACGUCAGUGGCACAAUGGAGUCUUGUUGGGAGUGGUGAGGCUGGGAAAGAAUAAGUAUGAGGAAGUUACCUGGGGAAACUCACACAUCUUGCUAGAUUCAGACCUUUUUACUGUAGUGGUUUUGAGAAAGAAUUCACCACAAAUCUGAAGACAUGAAGACACAUGAGAGUGGUCACAGUGAUGUGAAUGGAAAACCUCAUCAGUGUGGGGAAUGUGGGAAAGUGUUUAAAACAUCAAGUAACUUGCAGACACACAUGAUGAGUCACAGUGGCCUCAGGCCUCAUGAGUGCAGUGAGUGCGGGAAAACAUUUCCACUUAAAGCUACUCUGAAGACACACAUAAAGAUUCACAGUGGUAUCAAGCCUUUUAAGUGUGUUGAAUGUGGGAAAGAUUUUGCACGAGCAGAUAGCUUGAGGUGUCACAUGAUCAGUCACAGUGGACUCAAGCCUUAUGAGUGCAGUGAGUGUGGGAAAACAUUUACUCUUAGAGGUAAUCUGAAGACACACUUGAAGAUUCACAAUGGUAUCAAGUCUUUUAAGUGUGCUGAAUGUGGGAAAGAUUUUGCACGAGCAUCUACACUGCAGUCUCACAUGCUGAGUCACAGUGGACUCAAGCCUUAUAAGUGUGGUGAGUGUGGAGAAACAUUUACACAAAGGAGUAAUCUGAGUGCACACAUGGGGCUUCACAGUGGUAUCAAGCCUUUUAAGUGUGGCGAAUGUGGGAAGGAGUUUGCACAUUCAGGCAACCUGCAGAGACACAUGGCGAGUCACAGUGGAAUCAAGUCAUUUAAGUGUUGUGUGUGUGGGAAAGGGUUUGCAACAUCAUGGACCAAGAAGAUGCACCAGAAGAGAUUUCACAUGGAAUGGCAUUUACAGAAUCAGAAGCAUGAUGAAACGUAGGGAGAACAUUCACAGCAUCAAGUUGUCUGAAGACACACAGAGGGCAUCAUCAGGGAGUCCUGCCCUGAAAGUGUGGUGUGAGUUGGGGGAACAUUCACAGCAUCAAGUUGUCUGAAGACACACAUAGGGCAUCAUCAGGGAGUCCUGCCCUGCCUGCCCUGAAAGUGUGGUGAGAGUUGGGGGAACAUUCACAGCAUCAAGUUGUCUGAAGACACACAGAGGGCAUAAUCAGGGAGUCCUGCCUUGAAAGUGUGGUGAGAGU